GGCCCUGAAGUUUUUAAAAAGAAGAAGAAGAAGAAGUUUACGUUUUUCAAAAGCAAUUUUCACGAAAAUUCUCUGUGUUUCCGCAAGAAAAAAUGGAGAGCACCCCAAGUAAGCAAGAGGGUGCCGCAGUAUCUCGCUCCGGACGAGUGCUGAAGAAAUCCAGCAAACUCAUGGAUUUUCAAUCUCCGGAAGAUAUGGAUGGACGAUACAAGCGGACUUCAUCGCAUAAAACACCAAGGAGUCACAAUACGUCGUACAGGGCGGAAUCAAUGGAGCUCCAAAUGAGCACACCGUAUGCGGCAGCAAAGUCAGAAAUUCUAUCGGAUCCGGAAAUGGAUGUUUCAGAUGCAAAUACAAGUGGAGGGAAAGAGAUGAUGGAGGUGGAAAGGUACAACGAUGUAGCGGAAAACUAUCAAGAUUCCGCACCGUCAAAGAGUAUCUACAUGACAGAAAAAUCAACAAAGAAGAAAGUGAUGAAAGACGGGCGUCUAGUAUUAACAAAGGCACAACGUAAGGACAAAGGUAAGUCCAGAUACACAGCUUACAUGUUAUGGGCAAAAGAUGUCCGGCAGGAAUUAUUGUAUUCACACCCGGCACUUGAUUUUGCCACAAUCUCUCGUCGUCUCGGCGAAAUGUGGGCCAAUGUGCCGAGUAAUGUGAAGUUUAACUGGCGCCGAAAGGCCAAGAGGCUUGCGGCUAAAGGAACAAAGCCAGAUAAAAGUGUCUUGGGAUAUAAAAGAGCCAACUCUAAAUUCCUCAAUAAAAACUCCCCAGCAGUCUCAAAGGGAGCCACGAAUGCCGCCAAAACGCUGAUCAAAGCGCCACACAGGGACAGUGAUACGGACAAGAGUCCUCCAAUGGGUACCAUGGUCAAGUCCAUUACGACCUCCCACGUCUACCGGGUCAACACCUCACAUCCCCUCGACGUGGCGGCACACUUGAAGUUACUCGGUGACAACCUUAUGAUUAUUGGGCAGCGGCUGAAAGAGCACGAAGGCCAGAUUGCUGUGUCCGGGAGUCUCUCGGUGCUCCUUGAUAGCCUCCUGUGUUCCCUGGGCCCGCUUAUGUGUCUCACGGUUCAUAUUCCCGGCAUUGGUGACCAUCUCGAUGAUCUCAAACUCACCCUCCACAAUACUCUCGAUAAUAUUGCCUACGUCAUGCCAGGUCUCUAACUUUCCCAAGCUCCCCUAGCAUUAUACCCCGAUGCUAAAAUAUGUAUGUAUUUUAAUAUGUAGUUUAAAAGGACUGUAAUUAAAGGAAAAACAUGUAAAUUCGA